AUGGAAUUUCUACCAUUUUUGCUAAACAAAUCUCCAAAUCUAGAGACUCUUGUCAUCCAUGGUCAAUUGCACUACGAUGAAGAACAACCUGAAUCUGUUUGCAAAUGCUUGUUGGGAUAUUCUUUCUUAUUGUCGUCUCCUGUAAAGGUCCUACACAUAACCAACUACCGUGGAACAAAUGGGGAGGUGGAGCAAUUGGAGCAUUUUAUUGAGAAACUGGCGUGUCUCAAGUAG